GGAAUUUCCCUAUUAAUUUGCAAACUAUUCAGGCAGACCACAUGCAGCACGUGGAUACAGACAAGGAGACUUUUUACUUCCGCCAAAAUGGUUGCGAGAUUGGUCACAGUCUUGUUGUGUGCCUUGAUCCAGAUAUGCUAUCCCGAAUCCGAACCUGAACUUAACAUUACAACAGACUGUACUUAUGCCGAGAACCUGGUCAAAGUGACAGUCUUUGGUGAAUAUUUGGCCGUUCUUGCUGUCAAUAAAGAAGACGAAUUUGAAUUUGAAGAAAGUCUGGAUGAGACUGUUUCAUGGACAUUGUAUAUAAAAUUAAAAACGCCGGUCGAAUUUGAUCCCGUGUUUGAUAAAGCACUCGGCAUGGACGUAUACCAAAUAUUAAUCCAGGCAAGGAUAAAAGUUGAAAUGGUUCAAUCAGAGGGGGAUCAUGAAGUUUUGAUAGAAUGUAGCUAUAUGACGUAUGCUGAUGAUGUAUCUGGAGGUUCCGAAUUGACAGAACAGAUACAGAGUCCUGUGAUUAUCACUAAUAAUACUGGAAGCGUAGCCGAGUCUAAUUUUACUAUUUCUAUUGUAAAAAUUAAUGAACAGCCAUUUACCAGUAAAAUUCGCAUGGGACGUAUUGUGAAACUGUUAGCUACAAUGACAGGAACUGUAAAUGAAACAAAAUUCCAUGUAACAAACUGUAACGCCUUCUCAACAGAUUUAAAUUCGUCUUCAGUUGUACUCAUUGAUGGAUGUGGAACAGGAUUUCCGUUUAGUUUAAAGGAAGGUUUUACAUUACGAGGUUUGUCUGCCAUAAGUCCUAGUUUCAAGAUGUUUAGAAUAAAAAGAUCACAAGGAAUUACAUUUAAAUGCAGCUUCGUGAUAUGUAACGAUGAAUGUCCAGAGAAUUCAUGUCAAGCAAAAGACGACAACAGACGACGCAAACGUGAGGCUGACGGCGAAUUGAAGUUCAGUUUAGAGGAUAAACAAUCUGACAGUAAAAACUUGCAAAAUAUACAUUCUAAUACAGGCCAACACCGUAAGUCUCAGAAUUUCAAUGAAAUUUCGGAAAACCAAUCGAGACUCCAUAUAGGAAAGCUAGAUAUUGAUAAAUUAUUACCAGUUCUUCUUGAAGGCCGUUUAGGAGCUAAAGUAGAGGACGUACAGCUAAUACGUGGAGGACUUAUUAUAAAUGUACCAUCCAGAAAUGGAAAAGAAACAGAUGUAGGGAAAUUAAAGGAUGAUACGUCAAACUCUUAUGUAGGAACGUCUGAUGUUUUCCAGGUUGAGGGUGAUGAGGAUUUUGAAAUACCUCUUGGAGAAAUGUCUAAAAUUAAUCGAGUUAUUGAAUCUGUAUCUACACAAAUAGUAACUGUUUCUGAAUCGUCUGAAAAUUCCGUACCUCCAAUUGUAGCAGACGACGUAAUUACAGGAAUUCCUACUGAAUCAAAAAUAAAAUCGAACACAGACAACAAUAUGAACAAAGACAACUUAGUCCCGAAAAACCGGAUGCCAUCUACAGAAACGGGUACACUACACCAAGACGCAAAAGGCAUUAAUUCAAGAGAGUCAAUUACAUCGUCAGAUCAAAAAGAGGCACCAGAAACCAAAAUUUUAUUAUCUGCUAAUAAGGACAAAAGUAAUGGAAAACCAGCACAGAUUUCGGCUAAUCCACUUGUUCACAAAACAUCAGCACUGAACGUUGUUGAUGUUGAACGAAAUUCUGAAAAAUCAAAAUCUACGGAGAUGAAACGUCGCCUGUUGAACUUGAAUUCAUCAAUACAAAUUACCCCAACUGCGCAUGCUCUCUUUAUUUCAGUUAUCAUUUCAUUACGAGAGAUAUUUGCAUAAUAACGCAGAUUUUUGGUACUAAAGAUUAAAUAACAGUAGACUUAUCUUACCUUUGUUUCAUUUGUUAACCGUUAGUUAAGUUUUGUAAAUUAUAAUUUUCAGUGAUUUGUCGGUGAGUUGAUGUGUACUUAACGUAUUUAAAUAAACAAAACA